UGGUUGCUGAGGUGGAGAGGCGGAAGUGGAGCUCCGUCCUCCUCCAGCGACCCGCUCACUGACACGCACUCACCGGGCCACCGUGGAGCCGCUGCCCGCUGCCUGCUGGUUUAUGUUGGGCCGUCUGCUCGGUCAGAAAGCUCCGAGUCUUUUCAGGCGGCUGUCUGUGAUCAUGAAGCCGAAGGUGAUCUUCGUCCUGGGCGGACCGGGAGCCGGGAAAGGGACCCAGUGCUCCAAGAUCGUGGAGGCCUACAGCUACACUCAUCUGUCAGCGGGAGAUCUGCUGAGGGCAGAGCGCGGCAGAGAAGGGUCCGAGUACGGACAGCUCAUCGACACCUACAUCAAAGAAGGCAAAAUCGUCCCGGUGGAGAUCACCAUCAGCCUCCUCAGGAAGGUACGCAUGGCAUGCAGGCUGCAGAGAUAUGGAGCCGUGAUGUUGAAGGGACAGGAAGCUGCCGUUAAAAGUCGACAGUUGGAUGGAAAUCUGAAGUAGAUCUAUAGAUUUUCA